UGGGCUCUCAAAAAAAGGCGGGAGUUACUAACUUACUAAAGUAAUAUUCUAAAGCUGAGUUGAUAAUUUGAGUAAUUUUUUUAGCUUUUACUGUGAUUUUCUUUGCUUUUCUACACUAAUUUUGACGCUAAAUAUGCCAUCAGAAGGAGGCGAAAUCUUAAAUGAAGUUCAAUCUCGAUAUGGAUAUUUAUUGAAACCAAUUCGUGAUUUGUUUAAAAACUGGGAGGUAAACAUUGCCGCAGAACUCGAGGAGUAUCUAAACGAGAUGGAACAGAUUAAAAUUUCAUUUGAUGGUGGUCAAACUGUAAUGAAUUUUGCUGAGGCAGCUUUGCUAAUACAAGGAUCAGCAUGUAUUUAUAGUAAAAAGGUUGAGUAUUUAUACAGUUUGGUUUAUCAAACUCUUGAUAUGAUUGCUAGUAAAAGACAACUCCUGCAAGCACCAUCCGUAGAUGAUCAAGGACAGGAUAAGGAUGUGUCAUCUCAUGAACAACAAGAGUUCUUACUAUUGGAUGAUAUUAAAGAAGCAAAGAAUAUUGAUUUGAAAGAAAAAUCUGUACAGUUGGAAGCCCCACAGUUAAUACCAAGAACACCAGUUACACUUAUAACAUUUGAUGACUCCAAGAAAGGAUCUGCACUUAUGAGUCUCACUGGUGAAGUUAUGGGAAACAGAAAUGACUUCAAAAUGAACACAUGCUCAAUCCAUUUGGGUUCUGGAGCUUUACUUCUUGAUAUGUCAAGCUUGCAUUGUUUACAAAGUAAUAAAGCAUUCCAACGCAACUCCCCAAGUGCAUUUUCUCAGGAUAAUGUCAUAUUACAAGGAAAUAUUGAAAGUCAACCUGAAAUACAAGAUGUUUGUGAUGGAAUUGAAGAGCAAGGAGAUUUGGGAAACAAUAUGUUGUGUGACAGUCCAGAUGAUGAUUUUGAUGAUCUUCCUUUUUCAACACUUGGAGUUGAAGAUGUAAAAAGAAAUGCAUCAUCACGUGACCGGGACGUGCAAUUACGCGAGAGGAAAUUUGAUCAAAAAACACAGAACGCUGUGAAACAGAAGGAUCCCUGGGAUACGUUAGAUCCUCACGACCCAACUGGUGGAACUGAAAAGCCAUUCAGACAAGGACGACCAUUUAAGAUACCUCCGUCUGUUAGAAAUGACAAAGUCUCCGCAAAGAAACGGAAACGAAAAUCUCAAGAAGAUAUCACAAUGAAUAACAAGUUAAUUCCUAUUGCUGAAUUCUGUCGAAUAGCAUAUCAUUCACAAGUAAAGAAAUUACCAAAAAAUCCUCUGAAGACUCUCACUUAUCAUGAAUUCGAAUACAUCUACUGGAACGAGUUCAGACGACGACAAAUCUUGGAACGAAAACACCGCAAAGCAAUGGCUAGCUUGGGUCUUUUUGAGGAUCAAAUAAGGUUGGAACCAUCAGCGGAGGAAAUUGACGAAUACAACAACAAUGAAAACGGUUUUGAUGAUAACGCCGGGGUGGAUGACUAUGACAAUGAUGACGAUGGUGCUUUCAAUAACAACUUUGACGAUGAACAAGCAGAAUGUGUACAACCUAUGGAGCUGCAAGAAUCCGAUGAAUUAGUGGUAUCCAGUUACGAAGAACUAGUUCAGAAAUAUGUGCAAGGUUUUCUUGUACAAGCUCAAACUUAUGUUCAAGAAACUGAUUUAUCAAAAAGAGUAAAGGACUGGGAGAGAAAAGUCGUGCCAAAACUGGAAGAUGAGGAUACCCAUCGUCCAUAUGAUAUUCAUAAAUAUGGCGAAAAAUUGCUUGCAAGUUUUGAAGAUAUGCCAUUGAAAUCAUUUGACGAAGUUGUUCCAAGUCAGGAACCAUGGGAAGUCUGUCGAUAUUUCCUCGCUUCUUUGCAACUGGCGAAUAACAACAAUGUUGAAAUUUUAAAGAAUGACAGCAGUAAUAAUAAUAAUAUGGAUUGUAUGAAACUUAAACUAUUACAUCGUACGCCUGCUCAUCAAGCAAUAUCACAUUAUAGAGCUCCAUCAGUUCUAACUUGAUUCUCCACAGUUUUGUGUUCUAGACAGAUGAGGCAGGAUUUAUAUUGCUCUGAAAAUUAUAGGAAGGACGUAAUAAACCAUGCAUGUAUUAAAAUGUCUAUAAACAUUAUGUAAUGAUGUACAUAAAUUUAUCUUCUAUACAUAUGUAAAUGUAUAUAUAAUGAUGGCGCCACCCUGGUUCUAAAGAAUUUUUUUCGUUAAAGACAAGCACGAACUUUAGCUUUACACUUCGCAAAGCUAUUUUCGCUUACGUUGGACCAAAAAAUUGAUAGGUCGGCAGUAGUUGGAACAAAGCGUGUUCCAGAACGUGGUCAGAUUGGUCAAGUGGGUAAAUCUUUACACUUUUUCACAUAUUUGCUCUCAUGUUCUCAAAUAUUUUAGAACUUUUCAAAUUUUUAAGAUUUUCAAUUUUUUUAAAUACAUA